UAGAAAAAAGAAAGGGGCCAUUGUUCAACUUCAAAGUUCUGGAGAGCAACUACAGAGCAAGAUCACAACCAGGACUCACAAGACUAAAGGGUACUCAUGGAUAUGCCAUUUGAUGAAAUUCAGAGGGACCUCGAGAGGUUAGAGCAGAUGGAGGACGAGUAUCGAUCACUCGCAAGAGGGAAAGACAAGUCGGUGGGAAGUAGUAGGAGUGUGGGGCUAGAGGAAAUUGGUCAAAAAGAGUUGAAGAGAAAGAGAGACGUGAUCGAGCAAUUUGAACAAGAAUUUCGCAAUAAAGUUGCAUCCUUCAAGGCCGCGAUCAAAGUAUCAAAUCUUCAAGAAAUGCAAAUUAUUAGGAAGCUCAAGAACGGCUAUGGCUUUGAAGGAUCCGUUCUUAUAAGCAAGUAUGUCUCCUACUCGGAGCGAAAGGACAUCAUAGACUUAGCCGGUUUUAAUCGACAAAAUUCAAUUGACUACGAUGAAGAGUCCACUGGGCCGUCUCCGAAAUUUGAGGACCACUGGACAGUCCGGAAGGAUUAGCUCUACAGAACCCAUGGAGUAAGAAACUGCAUAAUAUACACCUUCAUCCUUUUAAUUAUGGGGAAAAAAACUAGUGCUAUCUAUGCUUUUUUCAUAUUUUACUUUGUUGCCUGUGUAGAUAUUAUGACUUGCAAUGAAAGGUGGUUAAUCUACUUGCAGACUAGUGCUAUCUGUACCUC